AUGUCGCGUACGAGGGUUCUGUUGGUCGGAGCUGCGGGUGAGACCGGAGGUUCUAUCGCCAAUGGUCUUCUGGAGAACCCGAUUUUUGAGGUUUACGCUCUCGUCAGACCUAGAUCCGUCCAGAAACCCGCCAUCCAACGGCUGCAGGAACGAGGGGUUCACGUCCGAAGAUGUGACCUCAGAGGCUCCGAGGAGUCUCUUGUGGAUGCCCUCACCGAAAUCGACGUCGUGGUCAGCUGCGUCGGUCCUGCUGAGCAACAGGAUCAAAUCCCCCUCGCUAGAGCCGCCAAGAAAGCUGGAGUCAAGCGAUUCGUUCCCUGUGGGUUCAUCACCAUUGCCCCUCCGGGCGGCAUCAUGUGGUUGAGAGAUGAGAAAGAAACUGUCUACAACCACAUCAAGCAACUGGCCCUUCCCUACACCAUCGUCGAUGUCGGCUGGUGGUACCAGCUCUCCUACCCCAGACUCGAGUCUGGACGAGUCGAUUAUGCCAUGACCACCGCAAACAACGAGAUUGUGGGCGAUGGAAACACACCGACCGCCAUCACCGACUUGAGAGACAUCGGUCGCUACAUCGCCAGAAUCGUCAUCGACAACCGCACCUUGAACAAGAUGGUUUUUGCCUACAACACCGUCUUGACACAGAACGAGAUCUACCAUCUCCUUGAAGAGAUUAGCGAGGAGAAAAUCCAGAGGAACUACAUUCCCGAGGAAACCGUCUACACCAGAGUCCUCGCCGCCCGACAGGCCAGUGAAACCUAUCCAUUCGACCCUGUCAAGUUCAUUCCCCGCUACUUGGCCGAAUACCAACUGUCGUGGGGUAUCCGUGGUGAUAACAACCCGGAAUUCGCCAAAUACCUGGGCUACAUCACCUCCAAGGAGCUGUACCCCGACUUUAAGCCGACCGACUUCAAGGACUACCUCGAGACCGUGGUCAGAGGCACGGCAAAGGGUAUCUACACAGACCGUAUCAUCUCCCGGGCCCACCAACGGUCCUUCCCCCGCACCGAAUCGAGCGACUCCCUUUAUACCCGGAUAUUCCCAAGAACCGAAUCCAGCGACUCCCUCUACAUGUCCCGAUAGACCGUUAUGGAUUGAUAUUCAAGGCGACGCUAGCCGUCCCCACUCAACUUGGUUUAGCGAUGAUGUAUUUAUGAACUCCUGUCGCUGGGGCAGACUGCGUUUGCUCUUGCUCGAGGGAUUGCGCUUUUCUUUUCUCAUGGUACAUUAGACUUACCCGGGCGUUUGUGUUUUCAUGGCUUCUGGGGGGAUCAGAACCAUCACUAUAUCACCGCUUUGCUCUCAAUCUGGAUUCUGGAAUUCUAAAUCUUCAUUUCACAUGCUUCUCAAUAAGAUUAUGGUCGUACACUCAAUUGGCAAGUUAUCUGGGGUGUGGCUGCCCAGAUUGGUAGGUGCUCUUGCCUACUUAAAAGUCUCCCACUACAUUUACCA